GGAAGCUAUUGGCACCAAGAAAAAUUUAGCCAAGAAGAGGCAGCUGCGUAAUCAUAUUGCAGCACCGUUUUUUUGUUGUUUUUGUUUUGUUUUGUUUUUUGUUUUUGUCACCAGCCCCUGCUUGCGGAGGUGUAACCACUGCGGAUGUCUGCAGUCUGUGGCCCGCUCCUGCAGGACCGGCCACAGCGCCCAUCACCAUCCUGUGCAUCUCAGCUUGGGGUACCGCUGCCUCUGUCCGGUUCUCACAUCCUCAGCACCGCCUUCAUCUCUGCAGUCUGGCUGCCGCCGCUCGUUCCGCCUCUGCCUCAGGCGCCGCCGCUUCUGAUAUUCCAGUGAGUCUCCCUGUGGCGGUCAGAUCUGAUCUUGGCGAUAGCCAACUUAAACGCGUGUACUGUCCUUCGAAAAAUGGCCGAGUCAGCCGACCACAAGGAACUGUUAGAAUCCAGCCAAGAAGAGAUUGGUAAUAAGAUGAUGAUGGAGGGGCCGGGGAAAAUAGCGGACUGCGGCGAAGGAGCCGCCGCUGGGUCUGGGGAAGGCGGGGAAAAAGGUGAAGAUGCUGAUGAGGACUCAGGAUCAGACCGUCCAAGAGGACUUAUCGGUUAUCUUUUAGAUACGGACUUCGUUGAAAGUCUACCUGUGAAAGUGAAGUUGCGUGUGUUAGCCCUUAAAAAGCUUCAAACUAGAGUGGCAAAUCUAGAAUCCAAAUUCCUGAGGGAAUUUCAUGGAAUUGAAAGAAAGUUUGCUGAAAUGUAUCAACCCUUAUUGGAAAAAAGACGUCAGAUCAUCAAUGCAAUCUAUGAACCUACAAAAGAGGAAUGUGAAUAUAAAUCAGACUCUGAGGACUCUGACGACGAGGAGAUGUAUGAUGAGGAAGAGAUGUGUGGUAAUAAGAAGGGUCUGGUACAUGAAUGCAUGGAUGAGGAUACCGGUUACGAGGACGAUUAUUAUGAUUACGCUGUUGAAGACGAGGACGACGACGACGACGACGGCCAUGACGAUGACAUUGAGGCUGCUGGAGAAGAUAAUAAAGAAGAAGAAGAUCCUAAAGGAAUUCCUGAUUUUUGGCUGACUGUCUUAAAAAAUGUUGACACACUCACUCCUUUGAUUAAGAAAUAUGAUGAGCCUAUUCUGAAGCUCCUGACGGAUAUUAAAGUGAAGCUUUCAGAUCCUGGUGAGCCUCUCAGUUUCACAUUAGAAUUUCACUUCAAUCCCAAUGUAUAUUUCAAAAAUGAGCUGUUGACAAAGACCUAUGUGCUGAAGUCAAGGCUGGCAUAUUUUGAUCCUCACCCCUACAGGGGAACUGCAAUUGAGUAUUGCACAGGCUGUGACAUAGAUUGGAAUGAAGGAAAAAACGUCACUUUGAAAACCAUCAAGAAGAAGCAGAAACACCGGAUCUGGGGAACAAUCCGAACUGUGACCGAAGAUUUCCCCAAGGAUUCAUUCUUCAAUUUCUUUACUCCUUAUGGAAUCAACUUAAAUGGAAAGGAUGGAAAUGAUGAUUUUUUACUUGGUCACAAUUUACGUACUUACAUAAUCCCAAGGUCAGUGUUAUUUUUCUCAGGUGAUGCACUUGAAUCUCAGCAGGAGGGGGUAGUUAGGGAAGUUAAUGAUGCAAUUUAUGACAAAAUUAUUUACGAUAACUGGAUGGCUGCAAUUGAGGAGGUUAAAGCCUGUUGCAAAAAUCUUGAGGCAAUAGUAGAAGACAUUGAUCGCUAAAGCAGGGUGUACAUGGCCCUGAAAUUAACAGCCCUAGAUCUAGUUACUCAAAAGAAGUUAACUAGUCUUGUGUUCUGAAUUUUCUUAGUGUUAGUGAAAGCAUAUGGCUCAGAAAUGUAAGAGAAGUUCAAAUACUAAUUCAUUUGACCUUGCAUUUUAGUAGUAGUAGAAUGCUUUAAAAAAAUGUAGACUGUGGUUUAAGACGUAAUAAUAUAUUGUGGUGUGCUUGAAUCCUUCUGAAGUCCUUUUUUUAUGUAGCUAUUAACCUGAAAAUUAUCCAAACUGAUAAAUGAGAUCAAUAUUUAUUUGAAAAGAAAAUCUUGGAGAACCCACCCAAGGUUUUUUGUUGUUGUUGUGUAGUUUUGUUUUCUUAGUCCUUUAGGUAGUGGGUUUCAUUUUGUUGUACCUGCUUCAUUUUGUAAUAAAAAUGCAGUACAAUUUAAAACUUGAAUGCUUAAGAGGAAGCCUGCAUAUGUUGAGAAUUUCAGGCAAAACCAAAUUUAUUGUUAAUAACAGCUUGUUCAUAUGCUCUUAUGUUAUGUGAUCAUAAUAAGUAAUGCAACUUACUUAUACUGAAGUUAUUGUUUAUCAGUGAAGUAUUUAUUACAGUAUUUUCAAAAGAUUGCCACAUAUUGUUCUGUGUAAUUGUGUAAGCAGUAAUUACAGUAUACAAUUUUUCUUUUCCUAUAGUACAUU